AUGGAGGUAACAGCAGAAUCUAACUCAUGGGGAGAGGAGCCGGCGAGCUUAGUAGAUCCGGGGAUCCGAUUCACCGACAAAGCAAUUGGAGUUUCGGCGAACGCAUUUAUGACUAAGGAAUCAGUCUUCAAGUCGCUGGGAAGUGAAUCGGCGGUGGCGGCGGAACCGGAGAGUUUGACGGAUCAACUUAAGGGAUUCGCCACGGCGUGGGGAGAAAUGGUAGUGGAAUUAGGCAGAGGAUGUAAAGAUGUGGUACAACAGACAUUACUGACUGAGGACUCUUACAUUGUGAAGAAAACCAAAGGUCCGUUGGCAGAGAUUUCGGAGAAACUGAGUUUUCUAAAUGAGUUCUUGCCGGAGGAUCGCAAUCCGGUGCAUGCUUGGCUGGUUGUUUUCUUUGUUUUUAUCCUUUCCAUUGCAGUUCUGAAUGUAAAUAGUAAACAUGACAGUCCAAAUCCAAUGGUGAAAAAGGUUAAAGUACAUCCUCCUAGUGCUGCCCGUGUACUUCUUCCAGAUGGUAGAUAUGUGGCAUAUCGUGAGCUGGGUGUUCCUGCUGACAAAGCAAGAUUUUCACUAAUUGCUCCACAUAGUUCCCUGUCUUCUCGCCUUGCAGGUAUACCAGGUGUCAAAGCUUUAUUACUGGAAGAGUAUGGUGUUCGAAUGGUUACCUAUGAUCUACCUGGUUUUGGAGAGAGUGAUCCCCAUCCUAGCAGAAACCUUAACUCUUCAGCUCUGGAUAUGUCAUACUUAACAGAUGCUGUAGGAAUAAAUGGCAAAUUCUGGGUUGUUGGACAUUCAGGUGGUUCAUUGCAUGCUUGGGCUGCUCUAAAGUACAUUCCAGAUCGAGUUGCAGGUGCAGCCAUGUUUGCUCCACUGGUUAAUCCAUACGACUCGAGCAUGACUAAGGAUGAGAUGUCCAGAACUUGGGAAAAAUGGACGCGUAAAAGAAAAUUGAUGUACUAUUUGGCUCGAAGAUUCCCCAAAUUGCUUGGAUACUUUUAUCAUCGAACUUUUCUGUCUGGGAAGCAUGGCCAAAUAGAUAAAUGGUUGUCUGUAUCACUGGAAAAGAAGGACAAAGAUCUGGUUGGGAAAUCAUCCUUUGAAGAAUUGUGGCACAGGGACGUUGAAGAGUCAAUUCGUCAGGGAAGCACAAAACCAUUUGUAGAGGAAGCCAUACUGCAAGUAUCAAAUUGGGGUUUUAGCUUCACGGAUCUUCAAGUGCAGAAUAAGUGUUCUAGCAAGGGCUUUUUCCCUUGGAUGAAGUUCAUGUAUGGUGACACAGAUUGUGAAUUGACUGGAUUUCUUGGCCCAAUUCACAUAUGGCAGGGGAUGGAUGAUAUGGUAACUCCCCCAUCAAUGGCCGACUACUUGGCCCGUAUUCUACCCAGUGCUGUUGUACAUAAACUCCCAGAAGAGGGUCACUUCUCUUAUUUCUUUCUCUGUGAUGAAUGCCACAGACAGAUACUCUCUACCCUGUUUGGAGAGCCACAGGGGCCUCUUGAAGCUUUAGAGGAAGCUUCUGAAAAUGAUAGUGAAGAAGAGGGAUCAGACCUUAACUGA